AUGCGCGCCCUCGCGGCGGCGGGGCGCCUGGCCACGGGGCCGGGCAACCGGGGGCGCGAUCCGCACGUGCUGGCCGUGGCGCUGGUGGCGCUGCUGGCGGCCCGGCAGGGCUGCGGGGCCGCGGCCGGGCGCGCCUUCGCGCGGCGCGUGCAGGGCCGCGUGGGCGGGCGGCUGCGCGCGCUGCGGGGCGGCGCGGCCGGAGUCGCCAAGGCGCUCGGCGGCCAGGCGCUCGGCCGGGCGGCGGACCCGGUGCUCGAGGGCGUGGCGGGGCUCGGCGGCCUCGCGGCAGGCGCCUGCGAGGAGCUCGGGGCGUUCCCCGCCGACGGCCGCUGGGGGGAGGGCGCCCGCGGCGCCCUGGCGCCCGCCCUGGAGGCCGCGGGCGCGGCGCACCGCGAGGAGCCCGUGGCGGUCCUGCAGGCGGCCUGGUUGGCCUUCGAGCUCGCGCGGCCCGGCCGCGGGCGCCCGGAGGGCUGGAAGGCCACCUCCGCAGGAGACGUGGUCACCGUCGGCGCGGCCCCUGCGGCGCGGACCUCACCCACUUCGGCUCGCCGUCGAGGAGACGCGGUCACCGUCGGCGCGGCCCCUGCGGCGCGCGCGUGCGACCCACUGCAGCGCGACGUCGAGGAGACGCGGUCACCGUCGGCGCGGCCCCUGGCGCGCGCGCGCGGCCUUGGAUUGAAA